UUAGCGAAUUAUAACAAAAUAAAUUAUAUUAAAUAUAAUAUAAUAUAAUAAAUUAUAAUAAAAUAAAGAGUUGCAAUUUAUGAAAAAGGAAAUAAAGAUAAAAUAUAAAAUGAUAAAAAAAUAACAAAUGAAAUGAAUAUCGCUAUUAAAAGUGUAUCAUUAUUCAUGUGUAGGAAAUUAUGUGUAUAACAUGGUCAUCAUAUUUUCAAUAAUUACAUCGCGGUAAUAUUAUGUUAUGCUUAAGACUAUUUUCUCAAUUAUUAUUUGAUUAAUUUCAUGGAAUAGUGGUGAUUUUCCUUCUUUAUAUAAGUAUGUAUAAGUAUCAUUUACAUAAGAUGUUUAUUCCGUAUCAAACGUAGCAAUUUAGUUUUUAAAUCCAAGGAGAUAUUAAGACGUAUGGUUGUCUAUUUAUUCCAAAUUUUAUACCUAUUUUCCAUGUAGUAUAUUAGUGAAUUAUGAGCUUAUUGUCUUCCCCGCUUCGUGCUCCUUUUUAUUGCUUUUUGAAAAACUCUAUUUUCUAAUGGUUUGGAGUGGUAUCUAUCAAUGUUUUAACGCAUUUACUGGUUACAUUACUUUAAUAAAAAAAUUAAAUAAAUUAAAAUAGUUUUUUCGUAUUAUAUGUAUAUUAGAAUUUGAUUUUGAUUAUAAUUUGAGGCAGUUACAAUUCAAGAUUCUGAAGCUUAUAUUUCUUUAGCGUGGUAUUAUUUUUAACAUGACAAGAAAUCGCAGUAUAUAUAGUACAUGUAUACAAAGUAGGUAGCACAUAUGCAAACUAAUCUAGAUAAUAUUGACAAUAAAUGACUAAUAAUGGGAGCUAAAUGCGCAUUUAUUAAUAUUUCUAUUUUACGGUACGCUUCAAUCAAUAUCGCGAUAUUUUACGAAAUACUUCGAUAAAUAUUAAUAUAUUCCUUUUACUUUUUAUGUUAUGAAAAGUAACGAAGCAAAACAAUCGAGAAGUUAUAUAAAACGUGCUUGAAUGUAAAUAAAGAAGAAUAACAAGAUUAUGGGAAGAAUACAUGCUACAAAGGAUGUUAUUCGUUUUUAUUGAAACAAUGCAAAAAGAACAAUGUUAAGAAAAUAUUGCUGCAUAUUUUGUAGAUGAUAGUAUACCAAUAGGUUUUCUACAGUUGAAUAUAUUUAUAUAUUUGAUCAAUGUUAUGUAGGUGAAAAAACGAAACUUGAAAUUUAGUUAUUGCUUUUUUAUAGCGGCAAUACUUUCUCUUUAUUUUGGUUGUUAUCACAAUGCGUAAUGCAUUAUACAUAUGUAUAUCGUAUCUGUGGAACAUAUACAAACAUCGCGUAUAGUAUGAUUCACACUGGACUUUGCACGUAUUUUUAAUGGUUUCUUUGUUACAAUAUAUCUUUGUUUUCAAUCAUGUAAGCUAUCAUAGAGGAAGUGAUUUCUUAAUGUAUAUGAGUUCUAAUUACAAGUUACUUCGUUUCAGAAUGUACAAAUGUAGUAAUAUACAAUAUCGUUAUAGUACCACCCGAUACAUUCAUGUACGUAUAAUGUUAAGAAUAGGGAAGUGGUUAAAGCUAUUUCAACUUCAGUCUUUUACAACGAUCUGCCGUGUACUGAGCGUUCGAUUGUCCCUACGAGUUUUCCCAUCUUCAUUCAGUGACUCUCUUUUAAACAGAAAACCGUAUAGUCUUAUUAAUGUUGUAGAUCUUCAAUAAUUUAAAAAUUCGCGUUGUUCUGACUAUUACACGUUUAUUAACUCGUCUUCGAUAAAUCUUGCUGCUAUUUCUAAUUAUAUGUAUUUGACUUAAUUAAUCGAGUGAAAUUUAUCUAAACGGAUGGUCAUAUUUCAUCGAUUUAUCCAUAAAAACGUUUCGUAAUCAUUUAUGAAAGGUUCGUAAAAGGUUAUUGUUUAUCAUCGUCAACCUCGAUCACAAAUAAUUUCAUAGAACGUAAUCGAGUUUUUUAAAUUUUUGGGAAUGUUUUUAUGAACUCGCUAGGGAAUUUUUAGCGCGGUAAAUUAUUCAAGGUAUGAGGAAGGUACUUACAUAUUUUGAAUAAUGAUCUGAACAAAGUGGAUAUAAAUUAGUGAAACUACCGAUCAAUCAUGUCCACAAAAUCGGAGUCCAAGGAGAAGCAGAGCUGCGAUGGAAUGCAAAACACCCCAGUAUUACCAUCAUAUUCGAAAAUAACAACCCCUAUUGACAUCGAAUUCAAUGACUUAACUUAUACAGUACCUUGUGGUAGAAAAGGCACAAAAGUAAUAUUAAGAGGAAUUUGUGGACAAUUUAAAUCUGGAGAAUUAACCGCUAUAUUAGGCCCAUCAGGCGCGGGAAAAUCCACCUUAUUAAACAUUCUCGCAGGAUACAAAUCGGCCGAUAGCGUUACGGGACACAUAAGUAUCAAUGGACAAACACGAGACGAGGAUUAUUUAAAAAAAAUGUCAUGUUACAUAAUGCAAGAAGAUCUUCUUCAACCAUGGCUCACAGUACAAGAGGCAAUGCAAUUUGCUGUAGAUUUGAAACUUGACAACAUUUCCCAAAAAGCAAAAUCGAUCGCUAUAGAUGAAAUUCUAAAUAUUUUGCGAUUACGUCAUGCGAAAGAUACAACUACCGAAUGUCUAUCAGGUGGCGAAAGAAAAAGACUUUCGAUCGCUUUGGAACUCGUGAGUAAUCCUCCUAUUGUGUUUCUUGACGAACCAACUACAGGACUAGAUGAAAUAUCAGCUGCACAGUGUACCGACCUUUUAAAAUCUUUGGUGCGACUGGGGAGAACGAUAAUCUGCUCCCUCCAUACUCCAAGUGCAAGCAUUUUCGCAAAAUUCGACCACAUUUAUGUUAUAGCCGCUGGGCAAUGUAUCUAUAGAAGUACUGUACAUAAUCUAGUACCAUUUGUUCGACAAAUUGGUAUCGAAUGCCCGAAACACUACAAUCCUGCCGAUUUUGUGAUAGAAAUAUCUGCCGGCGAAUAUGGUUCAGAAUGGAUAAGUCGAAUGAUAAAUGCUGUGGACGCGGAAUUUCCUAUCGUUCCUGUUUCUCGACGAACGAGAUUCGAAUUUCAAUACAAAACAAAAAUAUCGAAAGUGCCCUGGUUCAAGCAAUUUGUUGUCCUGUCGAGAAGAAUGUUAUUACAGUUACGUAGAAAUAAGAGUUAUAUGUACUUAAAAAUAAGUUUAUAUAUAUUCCUGGGCUUCGUCGUUGGUAGUUUAUUUUUAAACAUUGGAAACGACGGAUCGAAAACCUUAUCCAACUUUACUUUCUGCUUUGCUUGUUUGAUAAUUCUCCUUUAUGUACCUAUGUCACCGGUAUUAAUGCACUUUCCUUCGGAAGUGCAAUUGGUUAAACGAGAAUAUUUCAACAUGUGGUACGAUUUAAGUCCCUAUUAUUGUGCAUUUACAAUAGUUAAUAUACCUGGACAGAUAUUACUAUCGUCGAUAUAUUUAUUGAUGGUAUAUGUGAUCACAAAUCAACCUCUGGAGUUGUCCAGAUGUGCAAUGUUUUUUAGUACUUGCUUCAUGUGCGCAUUUAUCGCGGAAAGUAUGGCAUUAGUUAUAGCCAGCACGCUGAACGUCGUGAAUUGUACGUUUGUUGGGCCUGUAAUUUCCACUCCAUUAGUGUUGGUAGCUAUACAAGGAAUCGGUGAAACGGAAAGUUUAUCUAUCUAUCGUAAACUCAUAAUGUAUCUAAGUUACAUUCGAUAUGGUAUAGAAGGUCUUCUAGUUGCUUUGUAUGGUUACAACAGAGAGAAGCUAUACUGUCCGCCUACGGAAAUAUUCUGCCCCUUCGGAACACCUCGACAAGUUUUACGAACAAUGCAGAUGGAACAUGUAGUUUUUUGGGUUGACAUUAUCGCUUUAAUAAUUAUCCUUAUCUGUCUAAGGGCUCUCUCUUAUUAUUUGCUUAGACAACGACUCAAGCCGAACAAAAUGUUUCAAGCACUUCAUCUCAUUGGAAGGAUAAUAAAAAAUCAUUUGAACAUCGACAAUUAAAACCUAGUCUUAUUUGAAGUAGAAAUAUACGAAAUAUUUCCGAAAAAGUAAUCGAUCUUUUAUGAGUUUUUUCCGAAUGUGAUGAAAAGAAGAUCACAUAACUAAAUUUAAUUUAAUGAACUUAUAUUGUAAUUACGUAUAAGCAAAUCCAUGGCUACUAGUGAUUUUAAAUGAUUUUGUUCAUUCUGCCACUAAUUAGGUGCAAUCAAUAAAAUGAUCUGAAAAGUUUAAAGUA